UUAAGAUGAAAGGUAUAUCGAAGCCAUUAUAUAGCCCUAGCCGGGCGCAGAAGUUUCCCCCGCCGUUAAUGCGGUUCCUGCGAAGUAACGUGGGCAGCCGGAGCCGGAGCAGAAGCAGGUCGCGGUCGAGCCCCAUAUUUUACCUCCGCGGUAGGAGAAGCGCGCCGGCAGAUAUCGAGGAACCGUCCUCGCCUAAAGUAACCUGCAUCGGCCAAGUCCGCAUCCGCCGCUCCAAGGCCAGGAGAGCCGUCAAAAAACGCCGCCGCUCGAAAAGCCUCUGCUUCGGGAACAAUCCAUUAAGCGGGUUGCUCUGCAAGUGCGGCUCAAUUUUCGGGUGGGGUUACAGCAAAACCAAUAAGGUCGAUUCCAAUAUUGAAAACCUAAACAUUAAUGGACAUUAUGAGAGCCCCGCAGAAAAUAAAAGGGGAUUUCUGGAAAAUUAUUCCCCGCCAAAAAAUGCGUUGAUGUUGACCAGAUGCAGAUCCGCGAAUGUCCAAAAAUCGGAUGAAUUAGCGGCAAGCAGCAAUAGUGAAAAAGAAGAAGAGGAAGAAAAAGAAUUAGAACAGACUGAGAAUUCAGCUGAAAAUGUUGAAGAAAUGAAGAAAAUUGGCGGCGACGCGCAGCGGCUAAGGAGAUGUAAAUCGGAGCCGGCGACUACAGGAGAAAGACUAGUUGUUUCCACAACCCAGUUUAAUUGUUAGGUGAUAAUAGUGUUGUCCAAAAUUCAUUACUAAUUUGUUGGUUUCUGCUCAUCAAACUUCUUUCGUCAUCCUUUUUAAUUACUGUUACUUUCUAAUUUCUAUCUUACAAAAGUUUUCCUCGAUUGUCUAUU